UUGAUCUUUCACUUUAGCAGUUCAGCUUCAGCUUGCUCGAUCUCCCUUUAGCCGCGAUCAGAGUCAGAUCAUCUGUUAGAUUCACGUCUAUUUAGCUAUUUUCCUACACAGUGGCUCUAGCUAGUUAAUCGAUCGGAUAGAGGAGAUGGCAUCUGGGAUCAUCACGAGCUCAGGAGGAGUACUGAAAAGUGUGAACGGCAGAUGGAGAUCAGUUUGCAUAGCUUCUUUGGCUCUCUGUUUCGUUUUUAUGCUUCCUUUGCUCUUCGUAGUGGAGGACUUGUUUCACAUGGGAGGAACUCAGGGUACUGCAGCAGCUGGGGAAAUAGAUGACAUUAAGAGACUAGUGGUCUUUACCAAGAAAAACACCAACACUGCCGCCCUAUUUGGACCUCGACCUGGUCGGAAGCUGUUGCAGUCAUCUGAUGGAGAUGGAGAUGGAGAUGGAUCAGAUGAAAAUGGGGAAGGAGAAGGAUCAGAUGGAAAUGGAAAUGGAAAUGGAGAUGGAUCAGAUGGGGGUGACAUGAAUCCAGUUGGGAAAGCAUGCUCAAAGGACGACAUAACAAUCUUCCAAGGGGAAACGGCUCCACUCCCAAGUGGAAUUCCGGCUUACACAGUUCAGAUCCUCAACACGUGCGUCUCAGGUUGCAGCAUCUCUGACAUUCACAUCAACUGUGGAUGGUUUAGCUCCGCCCGCCUUGUCAAUCCUAAAGUCUUCAGGCGCAUGGACUACAACGACUGCCUAGUCAAUGAUGGUCAGCCUCUUGGCCCUGGACAAACCCUCUCUUUCCAAUAUGCCAAUAGCUUUCGUUACCCUCUCUCUGUUUCGUCUGUAGCUUGUUAGCCACUGAAUUAACUAGUGCUUGCUACCGGAUAUAUAAUACCAGCUGUUAAGUAAUGGUUAUUGGUUCCUAGUUCCUUAUUAUGAGCAUAUGUAAUGCUAGUUAAGCAGUCAAGUACGUACCUAUGCACAAAUGAAUCACAUGCUUUGUCAUUUGUCAAAGCAGAGAAUUUGUU